AUGGGCUCAGAGAACACCGAGACAGGCAGCCCCAGGACUCUUGCCUCCAACUACAUCUUGUUGCCCGUCUCCUUUUACUCUGCUGGACCAGUCCACCUCCCCCUUCCCUCUCCCCUGGCCUUCGUGCCCUCCCUCCGCUUUCCUCCCACCCUCACCCAAGGCAGCCUGCCUUGUGCCCCCUGGUGCCUCCCCAACCCCUCUCACAGGGUCCAGGCCCCCAGAGGGACAGGGCCCCUCUGUCCUGAGGUUCAGACAGCCUUCCUGGGAUGGAGAGCGGCUGCGGCCUCCAGCUGCAGGGGUGGGAAGGGCAGGCUCCCCUUCCCCGCUGACCCUGCCGGCUCACCCUGCCUGUCCCUCCUGCAGGUACUUCCUGGACUCUACCUCGGAAACUUCAUUGAUGCCAAAGACCCGGAUCAGCUGGGCCGAAAUAAGAUCACUCACAUCAUCUCCAUUCAUGAGUCACCUCAGCCUCUGAUACAGGGCAUAACCUACCUUCGCAUCCCAGUAGCCGACAACCCUGAGGUACCCAUCAAAAAGCACUUCAAAGAAUGUAUCAACUUCAUCCACUGCUGCCGCCUCAACGGGGGGAACUGCCUUGUGCACUGCUUUGCAGGCAUCUCUCGAAGCACCACCAUCGUGACAGCGUAUGUGAUGACUGUGACGGGACUAGGCUGGCGGGAAGUGCUCGAAGCCAUCAAGUCCACCCGGCCCAUUGCUAACCCCAACCCAGGCUUUAGGCAGCAGCUUGAAGAGUUUGGCUGGGGUACUUCCCGGAAGCUUCGCCGGCAGCUGGAGGAGCGCUUCGGAGAGAGCCCGUUCCGCGACGAGGAGGAGAUGCGCUCGCUGCUGCCGCUGUGCAGGGGCUGCCGGCAGGGUGGCCCCCGCUGUCGCCCAGAGCUGACCCCCAGCCCUGCAUCCCCGAUGGCCGGCGACCCCUGGCGGAGGGAAGAAGGGAAGGUCCCCGACGGCGGACGACAGGCGGCGGGGUCCGGGGGGCCCCUGCGGCUCCGGGACUGGCUGGUGUUGCAGGUCGAGAGCGGGAGCUACCCGGGGUUGUGCUGGGAGGACGAGGGCAAGACCCUCUUCCGCAUCCCCUGGAAGCACGCGGCCAAGCAGGGGUACCAGGCGCAGCAGGACGCGGCGCUCUUCAGGGCCUGGGCCAUACACAAGGGCAAGCACCUGGAGGGCACUGACAAGGAGGACCCCUCUACCUGGAAGACACGGCUUCGCUGUGCUCUCAACAAGAGUGUGGACUUCCGUGAGGUGCGUGAGCGCAGCCAGCUGGACAUCUCCAACCCCUACAGGGUCUACCAGAUUGUCUCGGACAGUGCCCAUGGCCCAGUUUCCAGGGCUCAUGCUUCCUUUGAAGAGAAGGGCGUUCUCCAGAGCCAGCAGGAGCCCCUUAGAGAAGUGAUGGAGUCCGCCUGCAGGACAGACCAGGCUGGCUCCGGAUUAGCCACCGAGGAUGAGGACAGGGAGCAGCCCCCCAGGCUGGCCCGGCAGGGCUCAUUGGCACCGGCUGCCUUGCUCCUGGGCCCUCUGGCUGACCACAGGUACCAGGCUCAGGACCCCUCACACUUCUGGAGCCCUUUGCCCUCUGAGGACUUCAGCAACCCCGAUUGCUGGCUGCACGUGCGGCUGUUCUAUGGGGCGGAGCUGGUGCUGGAAAUAGGCUAG